UCAAAUCCUCGCAGGGAAAGUGGCAGAGCGGGGAACCUCGCGUUGCCUCUCUGGCAGCAUCGUCCCGAGACCGACGAUGCGAACCGGAUCGUCGGCGGAGAGAGCUUUCCUCCUAAUCCCCACGUCGUCGUCAACGUCUCCCCGCAGCCGCCCACAUCUCCGGCCGCGGCGUCCGACCUCUUCGAGCUUGCACGAGACCUCAUCCGUAGGGCGGCCCUCCUUCGGGUGACCCAAGCUGAAUUUGUACGUGGUCUCCCAGCAGAUCCGGGCGGUGUCGGCGACCUCGGCGAAGAUGGGCAGCGGUGCCAGCGCCGAGGACAAGGACCAGGCCAAGCACUCCAAGGAGCUGGAGAAGAAAUUGGCGGAGGACGCGGAGAAGGAUGCGCGCACCGUCAAACUCCUGCUGCUAGGUGCUGGAGAGUCUGGGAAGAGCACCAUCGUUAAGCAGAUGAAAAUUAUCCAUCAAUCAGGUUACUCCGUUGAAGAAUGCAUGGAGUUCAUUGCCAUCAUCUACAGCAACACUUUGCAGUCCAUCCUGGCUAUUGUGCGAGCGAUGGGGACCCUGAGCAUAGACUUCGGGGACACAGCACGAAUGGACGACGCCAGGCAGCUGCAGAACCUGGCGGAUUCGAUCGACGAGGGCACGAUGCCACAGGAGGUCUACCUCAUCAUCAAGCGCCUGUGGACAGACUCGGGGAUCCAGGUGUGCUUCGACCGCGCCUCCGAGUACCAGCUCAACGACUCCGCCGAAUAUUACCUGAACGACAUCGACCGCCUGGUGCAGCAAGGGUACCUCCCCACCGAGCAGGACGUCCUGCGGUCCCGAGUCAAAACGACCGGUAUCAUCGAGACGCAGUUCAGCUUCAAGGACCUGCACUUCAGGAUGUUUGACGUGGGAGGUCAGCGGUCGGAGCGGAAGAAGUGGAUCCACUGCUUCGAGGGCGUCACCUGCAUCAUCUUCUGCGCCGCCCUCAGCGCGUAUGACAUGGUGCUGGUGGAGGACGACGAAGUGAACCGCAUGCACGAGAGCCUGCACCUCUUCAACAGCAUCUGCAACCACCGCUACUUCAACGCCACCUCCAUCGUGCUCUUCCUCAACAAGAAGGAUCUGUUCGAGGUGAAGGUGAAGAAGGCUCACCUCAGCAUCUGCUUCCCCGACUACGACGGGCCCAACACUUACGACGAUGCGGGCAAUUUCAUCAAGCUGCAGUUCCUCGACCUGAACAUGCGCAAGGAGUCCAAGGAGAUCUACUCACACAUGACGUGCGCCACCGACACCAAGAACGUCAAGUUCGUGUUCGACGCCGUCACCGACAUCAUCAUCAAGGAAAACCUCAAGGACUGCGGCCUCUUCUAGAGCAAGCAGCGGCAAGCCGCCCUCAAGGGAGGCUGCGCCCACGUGCAGUGUGAAUGCCGUGUGAGCGUGUGGAUUAAUCGUCGUCGUUGUGGUCAUGGUCGUGGUCAUCUGCCCCUUCCGUCAGCUCGUUCCCGGCGAUAGGGGUCGAACGAAAUCCCCCCCCCCCCUACCGCCCUCCCAUCCCAUGGUCCCAUGGUUCUCCUUCUGUAGCUAACGUUUGCUGCUUCGUUCCGUUCUUCUCGAGUUUUCGCCGCAGGUUAUAUCGACCUUGAUUUGUGUCGUCUUCCCCUUCUCCCGUUGUCUUCCAUUUUUCUGAGCGCCGGAGUGGGUUUAUCCGUCACAGGGCUCGUAUGCUCGGCAUCGCUUUGAGUGGCACAAUUAAAAUGUCCCGCUAAUAUUUGAGCGCAUCGGCCUGCCAGAUGAUCCGGCUAACCAAGGUAUUUAUUUUUCUAACGGCAGCGCUACAGUACUGUCUAUAGCACACGUGCAUGUCGAUCCACUGCUGGAUGAGGGCAUCCCCAGCACCGUGCGGGUUGUGGAGGUUAUUUGACUGUACUUCACCACGCCGGUCAGAGUUUAAUGGUGAAGGCGUGGGGUAAUAGGCGUGUGAGUAUAGAACAAUCUAUUUUGCCGCACUAUCGUGUACGCUGUAUUAUCUUAUAUGGCACCAUCGGGUAUUCAACUUUUGGGGUGCCGCACCGCUCAAAAAGUAAUGUCUUUUGUAAUUUGUGAGACAACGUUGGCUUAGUGUUGUCAGUAAUGCAGGAAUAACAGUGUGUAGAUAUUGCACAUUGUGACGUGUCAUAGUUAUACGACUUGUUGGUAUGAAACUAAAGAAGAAAUAUAUUGCAAAACUAGACUUCCAGUUAACUUUUAGUUCGUAUGAGUUGCUGUUUAUUCGGUAAAAAAAAGUGUUUGGGGAAACUGAUGGGAGGGAUUCAAAUGUAUACGAAGUCGCUGAAUAAAUGACUUUAGGGCAGUG